AUGGCUACCGUUCGUCGCCCUUUGCUAUCGCGCCCUUUGCCCGGUGUAGUGGAUCCCGGGAGGCUUCUGAAGGGCGGCCUACCAGUCGGGAAGCGGGCGAGGUCGCCGGAUGCUGCUUUCGACGCCGGUGCUGUAAAGGACUCUGCUAAGCGAGCCAGAGCUUUGCCACCUGUCCCGGUACAGGACGAAGAGCGCAAGGAGAAGGAGCAGAGGCGGCUGGAACGGGAGAAGCAGAAGCGGGAUUUUCAGAUCAAGUAUACAAAGGCGUUUCCGCAAUGGUCCUUCUACUUUGACCUUGAUGUUCUUAACCCCGAAGAAGCCGCUACGCAGGAGCGAUUAACGGCAAAAAUCGAACAACUGGGCGGGCGUGUCGAGGACUUCUUCUCGAACGAUGUGACGCAUCUGGUGACCAACAAACCCAUACCUCCGCCUGGCGAUCGGGCGAACAAGGAGAAUAGCAAUCCGAAAGUCGUUCUAAAAGCUGUUGACUUUGGCAUCAAGAUCUGGGAUACUGUGAAGUUACAGAGCGUCCUGGAACGAUGUCUCGCGCCCCUGGCUUCGUCGACUACAGCGUCGCGUCCGCAACUCUUACAGCCUGCCACUGGGAUGAGCAGAACGGGCCGUGACCUCCAGCGCCUGUUGCUGACGGAGCGACUGCGCGGUACCACCACAGAACGGGAUCCGACUCAAAAGCGUCACAACUAUCAAUACUUCUCCAAAUCUAGCUAUUUCUUGUUGGUUGAGGACAUGAAACAGGAGCUUGCAACGAUUCAUGCCCUAGAGUACACCAUCUCCAAGGGCAAAGACGGGGUUGAAAGGGGUGCAUGGCCCAUUCUCUACUGCCAUCCUCGAGCACGCGGUCCAUUCGUGGAAUAUAAUGAGAAGGAGCAGAGGCGCUGGGAGAAGGCUCAACUCGCGGAGAAAGAGGACGCCAAAGAGCGAGAGUGCGUCAAGGCGAAGCUCAGAAGGGAACGCAAGAAAGAGCAGAUGCAAGUGCAGCCCAGGCAGGGCGACCUCAGGCGUACGGUGUCGAUGAAUAACCUCCACCGUCGGGUGACGAACCCCGAACUUGGGUUCGACGAGCUGUUGGAUUGGAAAGGUGACAAUUCUGGAUCGGUCAAUGCGUCUGGAUAUCUCGCUUCUACUGGUGCAUACAUCGCUGCCUCCGGCAACAGCGUGAAUAUCACUUCGACUGCCGGCACCACCAGCAUGGCCAGCGGCCCGUUGCAAACUUUGCAGUUACCUGCAGCACUCCGCGAUAGGUUGGAACAGCAGGUCACGACGUCUCGCCGGGUCACCGCCGCCAACAACGGGAACACUGCCGAUGCGAAUGGCAAGCUUGGCGACAUGGGUCCUCCCCUCAGCAUCCCCGAGCGUCGUGCUCAGCUGAAGAAGAGUCGAAGCACAAGUACCCUGAGGUUGCCGAAACGAGACGAGAAGUCUAAACCAGGGUAUUGUGAGAGUUGCCGAGUCAAGUUUGAAGACUUCAAGGAGCACAUCAAGGGCCGAAAACAUCAGAAGUUUGCGAUGAACGACGAUAACUUCUACCAGCUCGAUCGCGUCCUGUCCCGAGUGCGUCGGCGCACGCUCCAGGAGGUGGAGGAACAAAGGGCCAUGAGGGAGCAGCAGCGCCUCAGGUACGACGAAGACACCUUCAUGCCGGGACCUUCGUCGCAAGACGAGGCGAUGAUUGAUCUGGACGCCGACUCCGACGAAGAGGAUGCGCAGCAGUACGGACGUUCGUACGAAGUUGAGGACUUCAACGUUUGACUUGGGGCAUAGAGCUUGGAUUCUGAGAUCACCGCAUGUAAUGUUACCACC